GUCCCGCUCGAAACAGGUCCGUCCGACUCCAUAAAUAGGUUAGGAACCCAGGAAACCAGAUUUUAUUUCGAAGCUUCUCUUUGCCGGGUAUAUAACCUAGGUACCUAGGUAGGUUAGGUAGAUAGAUAAUUACGUAUUAUCGACCGAUCUCAUACGGAGUACGUACGUUAGUAGUAGCAGCAGUAGCAGCGGUAGUUAUUAAUACCUAGUUAAAUCAUAAUAAUAAGAGAACUUAUGCCGAACGAGUUGUUAUUAUUAGGUAUCACCUUACUACUCCGCGCUCAAGCCAGCCAGCAAAAUAAAAAAAAGAUCUCUUGUGGGGAGGCAGGGGACCUUGAAUCUCUCAAAAACUGUUGGGGCGAGACUGUGUGCCCAGACAAAAAGCCUCACACGUCUAAUCUAAGAUAUGUUUUUUCUUUCUUUCCCCUGCACCUUACACGAAAGCUACCAGGUCUCAGACUGUCAGACAUAUUUUCCGAAACCCCUGUGGACUGGUCGUCAUUCCGAUCUGCUGCCUGCCGUGCAACUUUUCGUCAUCGCUGUCAUACUCAUCAUCACCUGAGACUCCCGUAGGAAUUAAUCACCGCCCGGACGUAAACCUUUGCUGUAUCAUAAUCGUA